AUGUCUCUGUGGCCACCUUUUCUAUGCAAAUGGAAGCUAGGACAGAAGGAAACAAUGGGGAGCUCUUCACAGCUCCCCAAACAGGACUACGAGACCCUGCAGAAAAAGUGCCUGAGAGUCGGCUGCCUCUUUGAAGACACCAGCUUCCCGGCCACCUUGAGCUCCAUUGGCAGGGGGCCCCUGCUGCAGAAGCUGCCUACGGGCCUGCAGUGGAAGAGGCCUUGGGAACUGCACAGCAGCCCCCAGUUCUAUCCUGCCAAGGCCAAAAGGCUGGAUCUGUGCCAGGGAUUGGUAGGCGACUGCUGGCUCUUGGCUGCUUUGCAAGCUCUGACUUUGCACCAGGACAUCCUGAGCCGGGUUGUUCCCCUGAAUCAGAGUUUCACCGAGAAGUAUGCUGGCAUCUUCCAGUUCUGGUUCUGGCGCUUUGGGAAGUGGAUUCCUGUGGUGAUAGAUGACCGACUACCUGUGAAUGAGGCUGGCCAGCUGGUCUUUGUCUCUUCCACCUAUAAGAACUUGUUCUGGGGAGCUCUUCUGGAAAAAGCCUAUGCUAAGCUUUCUGGCUCCUAUGAAGACUUGCAGCGUGGACAGGUGUCUGACGCCCUUUUGGAUUUCACCGGAGGGGUGACAGUGACCAUCAAACUAGCAGAAGCCCCUGGAAACCUCUGGGAAAUCCUAACCCGGGCCACCUUCAGCAGAACUCUCAUUGGCUGCCAGACCUACUUAGGGAACGAGAGGGUGCUGGAGAACGGGCUGGUGGACGGCCAUGCCUAUACUCUCAUAGGAAUCCGGAAGGUGACCUGCAAACAUGGACCUGAAUAUCUAGUCAAGCUGCGGAACCCCUGGGGGAAGGUGGAAUGGAAAGGAGACUGGAGUGACAGCUCAAGUACAUGGGAGCUACUGAGCCCCAAGGAGAAGAUUGUGCUGCUGAAAAAAGAUGAUGAUGGAGAAUUUUGGAUGACGUUUCAGGACUUCAAAGUACAUUUCAAGCUUCUGGUCAUCUGUCGACUGACCCCAGGCCUGCUGAGUCAGCAGGUGGGCCAGAAGUGGUCGUACACCUCGCAGGAGGGGCGAUGGGGGAAGGGGACCACAGCUGGCGGUCCGAGGAAGUCACCUCACGACACCUUUUGGAAGAAUCCGCAGUUCCUGCUGUCUGUCUGGAAGCCCCAGGAGGGCAGGAUGUUCCUGAUGCCGUGCAGUGUGCUGGUGUCCCUGCUCCAGAAGCCCAGGCACAGGCACCGCAACCGGAAGCCUCACCUCGCCAUCGGCUUCUACCUCUUCAGGAUGAGCAAGUUAUAUGAUGACCAGAGGAGACUGCCCCGUGAGUUCUUCUUGGAAAAUGAGCCCUUGAGUUUGCCUGAGGCGUUUCUCACAGAGAAAGAAGUGAGUCGGGAGCUGUGGCUGGAGCCAGGGACGUACCUCAUCGUGCCCUGCACGUCAGAGACCCACCAGGAGGCAGAGUUCGUCCUCAGAGUCUUCUCCAGGAAGCACAUCUUUUAUGAAAUUGGCAGCAAUUCCUGUGUUGUCUUCCCUAAGGAAAUUGUAGACCAGACUGAAGGGCAGGAUGAAUUCUUCACCAAACUCUUCGAAAAGUACCCAGAAAUAAAUGCAGUUCAACUGCAGAAGAUCCUGAACCACAUGACCUGGUCAAAUCUGGGGAAUGCACAGCCCAUUUUCAGCCGUGAUGCCUGCCAGGGGAUCCUGGCCCUCCUGGACCUGAAUGAGUCAGGUACCGUGUGCAUCCAGGAAUUCAGGGAUCUGUGGAAACAGCUGAUGCUCUACCAGGAUGUUUUCCACAAGCAAGACAGUAACCGGUCAGGAUGCCUGAACUGGGCGCAGCUGCGGGCUGCCAUGAGGGGUGCAGGAAUUGUGCUCAGCGAUAACAUCUGCCAGCUGAUGCUUGUCCGCUAUGGUGGCCCCAACUUCCAGAUGGACUUUGUCAGCUUUGUCCUCUUGAUGCUGCGUGUGGAGAAGAUGGAGGAUGUUUUCCAAAAUUUAACCCAAGAUGGCAAAGGGAUAUACCUCCAGAAGGCAGAGUGGCUGAUGAUGACGCUGUACUCCUAA